GAGAGAGAGAGAGAGAAAAGAAAGAAUAAAGUAGUGGGGAGAGAGGAAAGAAAAGGAGAGAGUGAGACACGAAAAGAGGAUCGAGGAAGAAGAGUGGAGGCCGAAAAGGGGGAUAAUCUUGCUCCAGAGUUCACAGUAAGAUAUGGGAGUCAUUAGGACGUCGGCCCUAAGGCUGGUGUCUCUGCCCACGCGACGGGUCUACGUGCUCUGCUAAAAAUAUCGAAAGCGCACCGAUCAAGUAUCGAGAAUGAUUUCGUACGUGCACGUGUUGGUAUACUCUCUAUUAGUAAUAUCGGUGGCAGCGACGACGACGACGACGACAACGACAACAACAACAACAACAACAACAACAACAAAAAUAAACAACAAUCAAGAUGGUGGUGGGUGAAGCUAGUAUACAUAAUAUUAUGGGAGGUAUGGAGAGUACAGGAGGAGUGCGUCUUCAUAAUCACAAGAGGAAAUUAAAACAAAGGUUUGACAUUAUUAAGAAAUUGGGCCAAGGAACUUACGGCAAAGUACAAUUAGGAAUAAACAAGGAAACAGGCCAAGAGGUAGCGAUAAAAACAAUAAAAAAAUGUAAAAUAGAGACAGAGGCUGAUUUGAUUCGAAUAAGAAGAGAAAUACAAAUCAUGUCAAGCGUGCAACAUCCUAAUAUCAUUCAUAUUUACGAAGUUUUUGAAAACAGAGAGAAGAUGGUAUUGGUUAUGGAAUAUGCUGCUGGUGGUGAACUCUAUGAUUAUUUGAGCGAACGUAAAGUUUUGUCAGAACAGGAAGCACGAAGAAUAUUUCGUCAGAUAGCAACUGCAGUUUUCUACUGCCAUAAACAUAAAAUAUGUCAUAGAGAUCUUAAACUAGAAAAUAUACUCUUGGAUCAAAUUGGAAAUGCUAAAAUUGCUGAUUUUGGUUUAUCUAAUGUAUUCGACGAACAAAGAUUAUUGAGCACAUUUUGCGGUAGUCCAUUGUAUGCAAGUCCUGAAAUUGUAAAAGGUACACCUUAUCAUGGACCUGAAGUAGAUUGUUGGAGUUUAGGAGUUCUUUUAUAUACAUUGGUUUAUGGUGCCAUGCCCUUCGAUGGGUCCAAUUUUAAGCGGCUAGUCAAACAGAUCUCCCAGUCUGAUUAUUUUGAACCCAAGAAACCUUCUCCUGCUUCCCCUUUAAUUAGGGAUAUGCUCACAGCUUGUCCUGCUAGACGGGCAGAUAUCGAAAAGAUUUGUAGUCAUUGGUGGGUAAAUGAAGGUUACGAACAAAAUUGUCUCGACAUUGCAGAAGAUCUUGCUGCGCAAACUCCUGUGCGACUCGAUUUGUUACUCUCGUUGGUACCCCAAUCGGCUAGUGCAGAAAAAUUACUUGUAGGUGAUCAACAAACAAGCGGAGAUGUGGCAAAUAAUAUGUCUUCCGAGACACUAGUACCUACGAGAUGUCACUCCGUUGGUAGUCUAAUGGAAUUUGAUCAAAAUAAUUCAGAUAGACGAAUAAGAGAAUUAUUCGAGGAUGAAAAUCGAGCAGCAGCAGGAGUAGGAGCAGGAGCAGGAACAGGAGCAGUUACGGAUGCGAAAAGAAAAUUAGAAACAACGCCAUCGAUGGACGAGACGAACGCGGCUACUGUUAAAAAGAAAGAAAGGUCUAGAAGAAAAGAAAGAUCAGACGAAAGAGAGCCUAGAAUGUAUAGAUCAACGUCCAGGCAUCAUUCAGCACCAAUUCCAAACUCCAUAAUGGAAGAAACAAUGGAAGUAGAGCCUACAGCGACUGCAACUGUUCCUACUAGUAAGACUGUUGAUUUAAAUAAAUUAAAUGAGGCAGCUUGUUUAGAAUUAAUCGAAGAAUCUAAAGAAAAAUCACCUAGCAAAGAAAGAAGUAAGACGCCUGUACCUAUAGAACACGAACAAUUACCCAAAGAAAUGUCUGCUAAAAAUAUUGAUAGAUAUUGCGAUACUAGUCAAAAUGAAAACAAGGAAAGUAUGUUGCAAGAUAAAUACUUGAAAAAAUCUGAAGAAAAAAGUAAUCUUCAACAAGCUAUUGCUUCUGUAGAAACGAAUAAAAGUACACAUGCAUUACCAAAUAAAGUAUCCUCGAGUAAGAAAUUAAUAAAUGAUACUUCCAAAAUAAAUGUGCCAAAUAAAGAUAAUUUAAGUAAUAGCAAAUUGGAAAUAGAUGACUCCCAUCAAUCUGUUUCGGAUGAUACGAAACAAAUCAAAUCUAUGGAUAGAGAAAUAAAGAAAUUAAAAGAAAGAGCGUUGUCACUUGAUUUUGAACUUGCCAACGAAGUUGUUGAGGAUGUACUUGCGAAACCAGCUGAAAGACGGCGAUCGAGAAUUUUUGAAACUACUGAAAAAUUUAAUCAAAUGUCAUCCUCUUUAGAAAAUGACAAACCCAAAAAGAUUUUCAUUCCUGGUGUUAAUGUUGGUGGUGCCAAGCGUGCCUUUGAACGCAAAGCAAGUCUUACAUCUGGUACCAUUACACCAGUUAAACAUAAUGCUUCUAAAGUUAUUAUUGAUGUAGACAAAAAAUCAGAAAAAAUAGAAGAUAAAUCUAAACUUAAUCAGGCUAGUAUAGAUACAGAAGAAAAAUUGAUUAAACGAGAUGAAGCUAAGAAACGAGCAGUAGAUAUAAUAUCUGGUGCAAUUGGUAAACCACCUGUGCUUCGAAAAGUUAAUGGUUCUCCACCAACAUCACCUCAAAACCAAGAGUCUAAGAAGAUAGGAUUGAAAUCGGUUGGUCCGAACGAUAUUAGGUCUGCUACGGUAUCGGCAUCCGCUUCAACUGAAAAUAAAUUUUCAUUUGACAAUAAUUCUAUAUCGUCCGACAUUACAACACCUACUACAUGUGAAAUAUCCGAAAACAAUAAUUCACUAACAGAAGAGCCAAAGUUGUCCAGUAAAAUGGAAAUAACGCUUAAAAGUGCCACUUUACCACGACCUCGUAAAACAAGUAAAGCGGAAAUUACAUUAUCAGGGCAUAAGAUUCCAGAUACAGUUGCUUUUAAAUCAGAAGUAGAAGCUAAAGUCGAUACUUUCCCUACACAAAAAUUAAGAACGCAAAAAUCUGAAAUAGCAUUUCCUGUGGCUGCAGUGGUUCCACAAGCAAAUAGAAGUUCUAGUUUGGAACCAGAAAUAAAACCAAAAGUUCAACCACGGGAAAGGAUCAUUCCUAUUCAGGUUGAACCAGACCAUCAACAUGCACAACAAUCAUCAACUACCCCUCCUAAACCUCCGAUGCCACAAAGAUCGAUGUCUCAGCGAUCAGGAUCUUUAUCUCGUCAAUCAACAGCAGACUCUGAUACUGACAGUGCUCUUGGUUCAACGAUAGGACCAGAACCAAUAAGGAAGAGUCCAAGGGAAUAUAUAAUUCCUAUUGCUGUAGAGGGCGGUGGUUAUGUUACACCUAGAUCUGGAAGCGUAGAACCAGAAAGUAAAACUGGCACAUCAACUGGUAGUAUAAAUGCACCAAGAUCCAGAUUCAGUAGACCAAGAAGAAUGAGUUCUCUUUUAUCUGAUGCUAGUGAGGAUGAAUCGCCAUUUUCUACUUUACAUAGAGAUAGCGAAGAUCUUUUACAAAGGCAUAUGCACAGAUUAAGAAGUUCUCGGCCAUCUAGACAACCUUCCGAACAUGGCGAUAGCUUAUCUUCCGGCGAAGAUGACGACGACGAUGGUUUCGAACUAUUAACAGCUGAAAAUUUAUUUUCUACGUUAUUAUCUAGAGUACGAAGCUUAACACAGAGACUUAACGUUGAUGAUACCAGAGGAAGUAGUUUUCCAAGUAGCCGAUUAUUGGGACGACUUGGUGUUAAUUCGCCACAAAAUUUUUGGAGUCAUAAUAAACCAUUAUCAAGGCGACUUUCGGAAUCGCAGUUCAAACAUUCUCUGAGUCGUGACACCGAUAUAUUUGGCAGAAAAGAUUCUACCAGUUCAAUAAAUCCUGGCUCUCCUAAUAGUCCAAGUUCUCACAACGCACCUUCUUCGAGGGAGAGUGUUUUUGAAAUCGGAAGCAAUACAUUACCACGAGAUAAAGUAGAACAUGAAGACAUAGAAGCGGAGGCGAUACAAAUCAGAAAAGAGGCUCAAGAAUCCUUAGAACAGAAUUUUACUCCUAGUUUGGCAAGAAGAUUAAGCAGACAGUUUAUAGAACAAACUAGACAAUCAUUACCGAGGUCGCCAUCAAUAUUAUGUGAGAAAUAUUAUCAAUCUCCUACUAGGGAAAAUUUAAGUUUAAUAGAUACACCAAAUGGUAUUAAAAGACAUUCUAGUUCAACAUCAUCGGAUCAAACGGAAUAUAGAAGUAGAUCAGCAGAUAGAAAUAUUCGAAGAACCAAUAGUUUGUUGGAAGCCGGAAACAAAGCGGAUAAACCAGAUUAUAGAUUUUCUAGAAGAAGUAUCAGUCUAUUUGAUGACGACGAUAAUUUCUUAUCACUUCCAAGACAAGUUAUGACUCUUGGAAGAAAAUAUAAAGAAAGUGGAAAAUUAAAUUCUGGGAAUACUUGGAAAGAUACUUUUAGCGUUCAUAGAACUGAUAAAAUACAAGAAGAGUCUCUAGAAGAUACAUCACAAUUUCCUAAAGAAGUUUUAAACAGUACAGAUAAUAAUGUUGACAUUGGUCCAACAUCCGAAUGUACUUCAAUAUCAAUAUGUAAUUCAAAUACAAAUUUAGUUGAUACUACAUCUAGUAUAUCUAAUACAUCGCCUGUUGAUUCUUCAUCAAACAUAUUAAUUGAUUCUGGUAAAUCACUGUACAGAAUGGAGUCGUCGAAAAAUUUUGAAAAUAGAUUAUUGGCAGCCGAAAAUUUAAUAAAGGAAUCAAAAUUGAAAAAUUUAGGACCUACGAAGUUUGAUCCGAAUUUAAAUAGUAAUUACAAAGAAACAGACAAAUGCGACAAAGAAUCUUUAAGUUCAAUAUCGGAUGCACCUAAUGUGAACGUAUCUAAACGACGUAGUUGCAUUCCAAGUUUAAGAUUACGAUCUGGUUCUUUAACAAGAGAACCUUGUAUAGAUAAUGAUAGGAGAAAAUCAUUUGCCGGGUCGCAAAGCGCUCUUUCUAACAUUAGAGCAUUGUCGCCAGAAAAAUCUAUUUUAAGUAAAUUCUUUAGAGCUGGUAGUAGUAAGGAAAAUGAUUCCAAGGACAAAUCUCAAAAACCAAAACAACAUCGAAUUUCACGAUUCUUACGACCAGACUUUUUCGAUACUCCGAGGGAAGAAAGUCGCUACGUUAAAGAAAAAGAAGCUCAAAAAGCUGCAGAAAACGAACGAAGAAAAUCGAGAUUUAUGAAGAAGAAAAAUGAAAAUAAAAGUACGGAGUCUAAGUCAGAAACAAAGCCAGAAAAGGAAUUAAAGAAUGAAAUGAAUUCACUUAAAAAAGAUAAGUCUGAUAAUUCCUCUGACGAUAAAUCUAACAAAAACGAUAAUUCGAAUGUAAAAUUUGAAAGGCAAUCCUCGAGAAGUAGUUUUCUACAUUCUUUAGAAAAGAAAUUAGAAAAAUUUCGUGUCACGGAUGAUACAUCCAAAUCUUCUAAUGGUGGUAUUUUGAUUGAUCAGAAAGUAAGAGCUUUGAGAGAAAACUCAGCACCACCCUCAGAUUCUUUAUUCACGGAAUCAAAUUUAAUAAAAAGAGCAAUUAGCGUUGAGGAUUUGUCACUGACGAAAGAAAGUUCUCUUAAUAGUAGAAAAAGUAAAGUAUCGUCUGUUUUAGGAUUGUUUAAAAGUUCUGAUGGUAAGCAAAAUUCAAACGCGACCAAAUCACAAAGUACUUUAAUGAGUAAAUUAAAGAAAAGCCCUCCCAAAGUUAUCAAAGCAGAUACUUCGACAAACGAGGAUACGUCAUCGACAAGUAAAAUUCCAAUGAAAAUGAUUAAAAAUGAUUCUCGAUCAAUUAAAAAGCCCAUAGAAAGUAAAAAGACUUUGGACAAUACUGUAACGGAAUCAAAAAAGCUGCUGUAUAAAGACAAAGUAAAAGAAAGAGAUACGAAUUUGAAAGAAAGAAAGCUGUUUAACGAAAAACAAUCAAAAACAAGUGAAGAAGAUAAGUUGCAAGUAAAUAAAUUAUCUUCAACGGAAAUUUCAACAGUUGACAAAGAAAUAGUUAAGAAAACAAAUUCUUGCAAGAAAGAAGAUGAUCCUAAAGCUAUUUCUAAUACGUCAGAAACUCGUAAAAUAAUUGACAAUGUUUCUUUAGAAGGAAAUAGCAGUAAACAAGAAAAUAAGAUAUUAAAAACGAAAAAGAGCAUAGGAUCUGUAAAAAAGAUCAGUACUACUGCACUUACGAAAUCCGAGAAAGAAGAAAAUGGCGAUAAAAAGGGAUCUAAAAUUAGUAAGUUAAAGGACCCUGUGCAAAAAGAAGAAGCUGAAGGUACUAAGAAGAAAAAAAUUGUACGUGUCGUUAAAAAGGUAGUGAAAAAAUCGUUAGAAAAUUCUGAUAAUAAAUCGGAAGAAAAAGUAAAAGUUACAAAACCAAUCGGAAAGGGUAAUACUUCGUCUAAAAAAGAAAAGAGUCCUGAAGUUUCUGCGUUUAAUGUUGAUAAUUCGAACGAGCGUAAUUCUGAUUUGCUAAAUUUAUCCAAAAUUACGACUAACGAUUGUUCGACUCAAGAAACACAUACAAAGCUGAAAGCGAAUCUUUCUUCCGUUGAUUUGAUAUCAAAUAAGUGCGAAUUAGCAUCUGGAAAUAAUGCAAGUAAAAAUGUUGAUAAUAUUCAAAUGAAUACUACGGAUUCUGAUACUUCUCAAAUAAAAUAUACUGAACCGCGAUUAAACAGAGGAAAUUUAAAGCUUGAUUUAUCUAAAAUACCUCAACAUACAUUUAGAAAUACUACCUCUAAAAAGGAAUCUCCAAAAUCAGAAUCAAUUAAAGUAAAUGCUAACGCGUCAUCUCGAUCUCCGAAAAUAAACGAAAGUACUGUCGAUAUUCCAUCAGAAAAGUUUUUAGAUUCUUUAUCAAAAAUGACACACCAUGCAACUAUCACUGGUAACAAAAUAAUUAUCGAUAAGCCACUGAGAGCUAAGGAUGUUGCUGAAUUGAAGAAAGAGGUAAACGAAUGUACAAGACGUAUCGAAAAUCAAAUAGAAUUACAUAAUGAUACUAUGCAAUCUAAUGAAGAUAUUAUCGAAGUAAAAGAAGAUGAAAUGAAUGCAAAAUACACUGCCUCAAAUAUCAUUGAAGAAACCAUAUCUGUAAAUGAAAAGGAUAGUUUGAAAGAUACAAUGCAAUCUACUAAUAUGGAUAAUACAUAUGCAGAUGAAAUAACUUCACCCAUCGAUGAACCAGACAGUUUUGAUUCAUGGUCUUUAUGUUCGGCCGAUUUGAAUCACACGAGAGUCGACUUAAGUUCGCCGACUUCACCCUCGUAUUCUCUUUUUUCGCGUGGAGAUCAAGGAGAAUCUGUAAUAGAUAGAAUACGAAGGAGAAGUUUUUAUUUAAGAUUUAACGAUAGAAGAAGGCCUUCUUUAACAGUACCACCACCAGGAGUAACUUUACCAAGGAAAUAUAGUUUUAGUAGUUCAAGAGAUAGAGAUCGUAGUAAAUUGAAUAGUUAUCCUUCAUCUAAUAAAAAAUUAAUGCAAAGAAGUUAUAGUUUACACAAUGACGAUAUAAACUCAUUUAGAAAAUCACCUAUUGAUAAAGAAAAAUACACAGAUUUAGUAUCGUAUAAUAUGGAAGUUAAAACACCUACUGAUCAUUAUAGUAGUUAUUCACAUUCAACGUACGAUCCAUUACGAAAAUAUUUAAGAUCUCCAACAUUAGAAUUAUCUACAGCACAUAAAAGGUACCACAGUACAGAUUUUAGUACGGAAGAUGAAUUAGGAACAUAUAGAAAUUCUUCUUUGAAUUCUAUAUUAAAUGUCAAUCCAGUUGAAUUUUAUGGAAGUAGAAAUUCUAGUAUGCUACCGAGAAAGUAUGGAUCUACUAUUACCUCAUCGGAACCAAAGACAGUAGAAUAUUAUGAAGAAUUGUUGUCUCCAAAUAAUCCAGAAUAUCUAACUGUACGAAAAUCUCCAAUGUCUAAUGAAUAUCUAAACAGAUGCGAAAAUGGAUAUCACAAUACUAAUUCAGUUAAGCCUAAGACGUGUAUAGCUAAAACAAGAAUUGAGUCCACAGAAGAUAUUAAUAAAGAACUUGAAGAACGAGGAAGAAUAACAAAUCGAUGUAAUAGUGAGUCCAAAGAUUUGCCUUCAACUUCUUCAUCAGAUUUUUAAUAAAAAUGAAUAAAGGAUUAUUAAAUAUAAGCAACAAUAGUAAGAGUGAAAGUGGAGCAUCCUUUUAUAUUAUAUAUUUUUAUCCAAUUAAAAAGUAUAUUUUUCAAUUACUAUACUCACCUAUUUCUGUCAUAGAUUUUUACAAUAAUCCACCAUAAAAAUAAUUUAUACAAACGUUUUAGAGAAAUUUUAAUAGACUUUUAAAUAUCUCAUCGAUAUAUGAAUCAGCACCAACAAUGUUAAGUUUUAUUUGAAUAUAUUAUUACAUACUUGCUUUCACGUUUAACAUUUAUAAAUAUACAUAUUAUUACUAUUAUUUCGAGCACGAAUAUUCUACAAAAUAUAUAAAUAUUAUAUAAAACUUCAUAUCAUCUAAUAUAUACAUACGUGUGUGUGUGUAAAGAAAUGUAUCAAAUAUUUUAAACGUGAAAGCAAUCAUUUUAAUGUAUAAUGUUUUUAUAUAUAACAAAUACAUGUUAAGUAUCUAUAUAUUUCAAGCUUCUUUGUAUGAUAAGAGUUCUGUUGCAAAGACAAUAUAAAUGGUGAAAUAAUAAGAAAGAAGAUAUUGUUCGAACUAAACGAAAUUGUCGCAUGUGUUAUUCAAAUGUUUUCUCUCUUUUAUUGCGAGUAAGAUUAUGUUGUUACAUAAAUUCAUCAUGGAUAACAUUAAUAUUGUAUUAAUCAUUUAGUUAGUUCAUAUAUUUCUUGAUAGUUGUGUCAACAUUUGUGUUUUACCUAUUUUUUUUUUUCUUUUCUUUUUUAUAAUAGCUUUAAACAAGAAGCUAUAUGUAUACAAUAUAUUUAAUGCUUAUAUUUAUCAAAAAAGAGAAAGUGUUAAGGUACGCUAACGAAGUAUUUCUAUCGAAUGAUCGAUUUUUCUUAUUUCUUUUCUUUUUUGCAACAACAAAAAAUAAUGCGAUUAAACAAUACGACGUCAAAAUGAAAAUAGAAUUAGUGUAGCAUACAAGUGCGUUUUUAUUAAGAAAAUUCCAGCAUAUAGUUUAUUGAUACAAAUCUAUUGUAUAACAUAUAUACAUAUAGCAUAUUGUGUUUCCCAAAUAUAAUGACAUUGUUUUAUGAAAAAUAUUGUAAGUUAUGUAAGUGCGGCAUUGUAUAUAACAUUCACAUUCAAGUUGGUUUUCUUAUUUUUUGGGAGUUUUGUAACAUCAACUAAAUCUAACAUUAUAAAAAAUCUUAUUUGGACUUAAAUAUAUUGGCGAUAGUUGAACGUACAUUCAGAGUAAAAAGACCAAAUUACGAACGAAAAGCUCGAGUAUUUUAAUGAGCUUUUUAUUACGUUCAGAAACGUUUAUGAAUAAUUUUGUAAUUUAUACCAACAAAUAUGUUACUAUUGUUCAUGGAGCAAUAACUUUUGUUAAAAAAAGGAACGAAAUUUAUAAUAUAACGAUAUAUGUAAAAAUACUUCUUGAAAGUAUGAGAAACGAAGUAGAGCUUUGAUUCCUUGUAGCAAUGUUGCCUUAUAUUUAAAAAGACGAUUGCUGGUUGGAUCAAUCAAGAAGCGAAAAAAGUUGAUGUUUGUAUAGAAGCCUCUGACUGAUCAACCAAAGUCUUCCGCUUGUUAUGUAUGUGUUUUCUAUUGAUAUACACAUUUUAAAUAAAUAUUAAUAAUUGAAUGACUAUAUA